CCGUAAGGCGUCCCCGGGUGUCGUGAGCGGGCGCAGGGCGAGAACGCCGAGGGCCGUGCCGGGUCGACCCCAGUGUCAUCCGUGUGGAUAGCGGCUUCACCGCCGACCGCAGGGCCAUGGCUGGGACGCUGGUGCGCAAAGCGGCCGACUAUGUGCGGAGCAAGGACUUCCGGGACUAUCUCAUGAGUACGCACUUCUGGGGCCCAGUUGCCAAUUGGGGUCUCCCCAUUGCUGCUAUCAAUGACAUGAAGAAGUCUCCGGAGAUCAUCAGUGGGCGGAUGACCUUCGCCCUCUGUUGCUAUUCUUUGACAUUCAUGAGAUUUGCCUACAAGGUGCAGCCUCGAAACUGGCUUCUGUUUGCGUGCCAUGUAACAAACGAGGUGGCUCAGCUGAUUCAGGGAGCACGGCUCAUCAACUACGAGAUGAGUAAGAAGGCAGCUGCGUAGCGGUGCGAGGAUCGGCUCUGGAAAGGGACAGAGCCCCAGCACUGCUGCCACGAUGGCCACAGGUCGCAUCGGCAUCGAUGGUCUUGCUGAGGGGAACACGAAUGCUGUCUUUAAUUACCAUGCCAACAUUAUAGAAAAGGGAGAGUCCCCAAACCAACUCUCUCCUGCCUUAUCAAUGCUGAAAUUUGUCUUCAUCAAGAGUAGUUCAAAAUAUGCAACUAAUUUCAUAAUUUUGAAUGAUGGUUUUAUCUGUAGUAAUGUGUAUAUUAUCUAUUGGGAUUUGUGUAAUAAAAAUCUAAGGAACAAAGUUUUAUAACUAUAAGCACUUACAUUCUUGACUUUUCUUUAAUGACUAUAGUGUAUCCCUCAGUCGGCCACACGUCUACCCAUGCUUUCCAGUGGUGACAAGUGUUUUCCAUAGUGUGCAGGUUCAGAUCUGUAACUUAAUGGCAAUAAAUGAUUGGAAUAUUUGCUA